CUAGAAUUGAGAUCGUGAGUGGAGGUUGCGGAGCUUUUGAAUGGCAGCGCUAUUGCACUAGCAAAUGUGGUUAUUGGGUUUAACAUAAACCUAACAUGUCAGACCCAGGUCAUAGCAUCGAUGUGAUUUUCGGGGGUCAAAAGUAUUUGGUCCCUUUACCAUUGACUAGCGAUGCAACAUUACUGGACUUAAUGAAGUCAAUAGACUCUAUUUUACACAUUCCAUUUGAUAAACAAAGAAUAAUAUACAAAGGAAGAUCUCUUACAGAUCCUGAUGCACUAAUUUCUUCCUCCGGUCUCACUCCUGGGUCUAGAGUUAUGAUUCUUGGUUCAGUUGAUAAACUUAAUCCAGAUGAAGCCGUAAAACUUGUCAAGGCGAAAGACACAUCCGAUGCAGUCGAUUUACAACUAAAAGACCUCUCAAACAAGCUAGAUACUAUUGUAAGUUCAACUAAAAAGAUUUACAAGUCACGUUUAUUUGAUCCUGAGUGGUUUAUAAAAGCAUUGUGUUCACCCCCUAAAUUCAUUUUCUAGAAUGCAAUAGUUUGCUAACUACGAGCAAAAUAUUAGUCGGUUAACUAUUAUUAUUUCUAUGUUUGAAAAUAAUUUCGGUGUUUGUAUGCCACUUACGUGUUAUAUACCACAGUUCAUCGCGAUUUUAUCUUCUCACCCGGUUGCACUGAUAGGCGAUCGGUACUACUUUCAGCUCUUAAUUAUCAUUGGGAUAUGUUUGCUUGUACUCACAGAAUAAACCAUUAUCAUUUUCUAGGGAUUAUGUCAGCAACAUGUCAACCCUAAUUAUUAGAACAAAUUGAGGGGGGAAGAGUCUAAGUAUUUAUAAAAUGGAAUUGUUGGUUUAUUUAAAAGCUGAACAAUUCUACUAGUUAUCUCAAAGUGAUUCUGACAGUUUAGAGGUAACUGCACACGUAAAGUCUACAAUUGACAUCAUGGAGCAGUGCAUGCGUACUCUUGAGCUUCUGGACUCUGUUCGGUUGCCAUACAAUUGCGAAAGUGAACGCACUUGUCGUAAGAGGCUAGUAGACACAAUACAAGAGUUUCUUGUACAGGCGGACAAGUUGAGAGCUGAAUUUUUAAAGCUCAUCACAACACAACACUGAUAUUUUCUGUGUUAACACUUCUGUAACAUGGUGUUUACUACAGUACUACUUUUGUCAGUAAUUUAAAAUGUAACAUUACAGUUUGUUAUACCUGUA